CUUCCGCACGGUUGUGGUUGCAGACGUUGGGUCGGGUGUCCGAAAGCCUCCGCAGCGCUGGGCAGUUUGUGAAAUGCCGGGCGGAGGCCGCUGCCCCGACUGCGGCUCCACUGAGCUGGUGGAGGACUCGCACUAUUCGCAGAGCCAGCUGGUGUGCUCUGCCUGCGGCUGUGUGGUCACCGAGGGCGUUCUGACCACCACCUUCAGCGACGAGGGCAACCUCCGAGAAGUAACAUAUUCUCGAAGCACAGGAGAAAACGAACAAGUUAGUCGCAGUCAGCAACGAGGUCUCCGCCGAGUGAGAGACCUCUGUCGAGUUCUGCAGUUGCCAUCAACGUUUGAGGACACAGCAGUUGCCUACUACCAACAGGCAUACCGGCAUUCUGGUAUCCGUGCUGCCAGGCUGCAAAAGAAGGAGGUGUUGGUUGGGUGCUGUGUCUUAAUCACCUGCCGGCAGCAUAACUGGCCCCUAACCAUGGGAACCAUCUGCACCCUGUUGUAUGCAGAUUUGGAUAUGUUUUCUGGCACCUACAUGCAGAUAGUGAAGCUUCUAGGGCUGGAUGUGCCAUCUCUGUGCUUGACAGACCUGGUGAAGACCUACUGUAGCAGCUUCAAACUGUUCCAACCCUCCCCAUCUGUGCCAGCCAAAUACAUGGAAGACAAAGAGAAGAUGCUGUCACGAACACUGCAGUUGGUACAGCUGGCAGAUGAGACGUGGCUGGUGACCGGGCGGCAUCCCUUGCCUGUCAUCACUGCUGCUGCUUUCCUCGCUUGGCAGUCUCUGCAGCCUUCAGCUCGUCUAACAUGUUCCCUGGCCCGAUUUUGUAAAUUGGCAAAUGUGGACCUGCCCUAUCCUGCUUCCUCCCGCCUGCAGGAGCUGCUGGCUGUGCUGCUGCGGAUGGCCGAGCAACUGGCCUGGUUGCAGGUUCUGAAACUUGACAAACGGUCUGUGGUGAAGCACAUUGGUGACCUGCUCCAGCACCGCCACACUUUGAUCCACAAAGCCUUUCGAGAAGGAACAGCAGAGGGGGAGGCCCAGGAGAAAGAGCUACAGGGGCAAGGACAGGGAAAAGAGGAAACGGGUAAUAGUUCCUUAGAUAUGCCUGAGGGGAAGCGACCAGCUAGUCCUGCCCUUCUCCUCCCACCCUGCAUGUUGAAGCCCCCAAAGCGGGUCUGCCCCACCCCUCCUACCUCCACGGUCACUGGAGAUGAGAACAUUUCUGAUAGUGAAAUAGAGCAGUAUUUGCGUACCCCUCAGGAAGUGAGGGACUUUCAGAGAGCCCAAGCUGCCACAAGGAGUCCUAACCCUCCAUGAUGCACUUUGGGGGUUUGGGGAAGGGGGCACUUCAUUCUGACAGCAGCUUGAUAAUAGGUCUGUCAUGUCCAGAGAAAUAAGUGUGUACAAGUCCUUUGGUAUUGUCUCUGCAGUUAAUUGGAGCCCAGGUCCUGGAGUAGAAAUCAGAAGGAAUGUAGGGACACCUGGGUUGGAGAGAGAGUCAUGUCCUUUAGUGCCAUAGAGCAGGUUGCAUAUGUUUACAUUCUGUGGGAUGGCUUUCCUCUUAGACUGUUGGGAGAGAGUCAGGCUCCCUCCUGCACCUGGUUUGAAUUGGGUAAACUGCUCCUGCAGGGCUCAUGGGGCCUCCCUACUAGAGUGGAGCAGUUGGCAUUUCUAAUCGUGUCAGCCCUCAGAGGAUAGGAGCUGGGCAACUCUUGGUUCUGUGUCCUUUCAUAGGUGUUGGUGGGUGUAUGGUGUCAUGAGAUCCUCUACCUCAUAACAAAAGGACUGUGGGUGGACUAAGGUUAUAGCUCAAAGGGCUUUGCAAAAUUUUAAUAUAUUAAAACAAGAGGCAUCUGCUAGAAAACAUUCUAUUGUAUAAAACCCGAGCUUUUAAAAACAUGUUUUCUUUGGCACUUCUUAUCCCCUCCCUCCC